CGGGAGUCUGUGCGGCCGCGCCGCGAGAAGCCGGAGGCAGCGCCGGUUCGUCCACACCGCACGCCCAGCCUUCUCCCGCAUGUGCUGGGUCCGAUGCUGUUGGAGAUGAUGUCGCCGGGGUACUCGGAGCUCCAGGACGGCUCUGUGCCGCUGACAGGCGGCGGCGGCCAGCCGGGCGCCCACGAUCACCAGCAGCCGCCCGCCUACCAGAACCAGGCGCAGUUCGAGGCCGACAAGCGCGCCGUCUACGAGCACCCGCUGUUCCCGCUGCUGGCGCUGCUGCUGGAGAAGUGCGAGCUGGCCACGCAGACGGCCGACGUCUGCUCGGCAGAGACGUUCUCCGCCGACGUGCAGGCCUUCAUUCAGCACCAGCAGCGCGACCGCAAGCCCUUCCUCAUCAAUCAGCCGGAGGUGGACGAGCUGAUGAUCAAGGCGAUCCAGGUGUUGCGGAUUCACCUGCUAGAACUUGAGAAAGUGCAAGAGCUGUGCAAAGACUUCUGUAAUCGUUACAUUACGUGUUUAAAGGGGAAGAUGCAGAGUGAGAAUCUGUUGCGCUCGGAUUACUACGACUCACCGGUCAGCUCACCGGGCUCUCACCACAGCAUAAACGGUGCCGCCGAGCAGCUGGUGCAUCACCAGGCAGUCCGCGAUAGGGGGCAGGUUCUAGUCUUGGGUCGCGCACAAACUGGGUCGCCGGAGGAGACGGGGUCGGCGCGCCGGCCGCCCGCCGCUGCUGUCUCGCCCGGUCUGCCCGGCUGCACGGGCAUCAGAUCUCCGUCCUCGCCGAGCACCGACGACGACAGCGACCCUGGCGGCAGGAAGCAGAAGCGCGGCGUGCUCCCCAAACACUCGACGGACGUCCUCAAGUCAUGGCUGUUCCAGCACAUGGCCCACCCAUACCCGAGCGAAGCUGAGAAGCACCACCUGUCGGCGGCCACGCGACUCAGCCUGGUGCAGGUCAACAAUUGGUUCAUCAACGCGCGCCGCCGCAUCCUGCAGCCAAUCCUCGGCCAGAUGGAGGCCAAGGCCAUCGUGGACGCUAGACUCACGGACCAAUCGGGGGACGACACGUCACAAGACGACGGCGGCGGCUCGGCCGGGCUGGGCCCCGCCGACGAGGCGGGCCACCCGGCCGUCACGUGACCUCGGCGCGCCGCCCGGCCCCCGUCCCCUCCGGACGACCCAGUUUGUGCCAUGGACAGAGCGCCGGCGCGCGGACGCGGCCAGUGAUAGCGGUGUGACGCGCGCGCACGGACUCGCGCAGCGGGCGGGGCGCGGACGCAGAACUCGG